UGCCAGUAAAGGGGACCCCGCAUUGUAGAUCAUCUUGGAGGGGUAAGGCCGCGUGGGUAGCGCUGGAAAUUGGGCACAAGCCGCCUCUGUUACCCUAGCACUCGCACCAAUGCUAACCCUAUUCUCCGUAUUUAUUCAUGACAGAGGCUAGCCCCCCAGUCCAGCGUCGCGUCGCGUCGCGUCGCAUCGUUCUCCAAACCUCUUAAAUCCCACUCUUAAUUGAUCCCCCUAUAUUUCACGCAUCUAAUCCACCAUGGCAGAUCAGGACCGGUCGGAAAUUAUUAGAAACAAUCCUAUCGGUAAAGCUCUUGAGGCUUUCCUUACGUCGUUUAAUUCUCUCUGUGGGAGCAAAACCUCGGGAGAGGCCCUUAAUCAACUUGACGAUGAAGAUCUCCAAAACAUCACUAUCGAACUUCUCUCAGCGCUCCAAAGCCUUCGGGUGACUCGUCUGCUUCCUUCUCGCAAUGGCAGGAAGAAUUUGCUUCGCGACCUACCAGGACUAAUUUCAGCCGUCGACUCUGAAGACUUCGACUACGACCGCGUCAAACCUCUUUUGCGAGCAGUCAUUGCUAAGGAACCUGACGAGAAAAUCUGGGCACAAGUUUAUCAUGCUGUUACGGAAUCCACGCCGCCGCCCCGACCGAUCGCCCCUGUCUUCCUACAGACGCCAUGGCUUCGUAAUACAAGUAGUUUUGCCAACUCCUCCGAACAACGAAAGUAUAUGGACGCUGUCUUAAAAGAGGAGCUCGGUACUAUGUAUGUUGGGCUCCGCCGCUUCCACGAGACCUUUUUCGGGGGUAUAGCAGGCCUUCAGACCGCAUCUGAGGUCGUCUUUGCAAAAUGCAGGGAAAGCAGCAAUCCACUCUACGAUAAUAAUGGUUGGGUCGGGUGGCCACUACAGACCAAGGAGAAGGACGUUCUAAGCUGGUUCCAAGAUAUUGUCCCACAGCUAUCACAGCUAGCUCAAGGUUAUAGCCCUACCGCAACCCCGACACGACGACCAAUUGUGCAGCCUGAUAAGCCACUUGAGGGCUCGACGGCAGAUCGCAAACUAGACGUCGGCUUUGUGAAUGAUCCAGAAGCCCGAAAGAACUCGCGAUACCACUGGUCCCAGAUUCUCGUACCAGGCGAGCUGAAGAGCAAUCCGGACGCUGACAAGUCUAAAACGUGGCUGGAUAUUGGGAGAUAUGUAAGGGAAGUACUUGCUACCCAGGACACUCGUCGAUUCGUUAUAGCCUUUACGCUUUGCGGGCCUCUUAUGAGGAUAUGGGAAUUCGAUCGCCUAGGGGGGAUUGCAUCUGACCAGUUUGACAUUAAUCAAGAUGGACUCCGGUUUGUAUCAACGAUCCUUGGGUUUCUUUGGAUGAACGAAGAGCAGUUAGGAUUUGACCCUACCAUCAUCACGUCAGAUGGCAUACGAUACGUCGAAAUCGAGAGGAAUGGUCAGCGUGAGCGCCUUAUUUUCGACGGAGUCAUGAGGCGUGCACCUUGCAUCGCCGGCAGAGCAACGACUUGUUGGAAGGUCCACAGCGACAGAGACCCGCGGACGCCACUUGCCAUCAAGGACUCGUGGCAAUAUCUAGAACGUGAAGAGGAAGGCGCAUUACUCAAGGAGGCAACCGACAAAGGCGUAGUGCAUAUGGCACGACACUAUCACCAUUAUACCGUUCAAGUAUCCGGGAUCGAUGACGACGUGCAAGGCAAUGUGCGGAAGCGACUGGACAUCACGAUGGCGGAAAAUUACCGAUCGGAACGUUUGGUGGUCAUACGUACAGCCACACCUACCAUCAGUUCGCGGGAAGGUCGUAGGAUGGCUAAUCGAAAACGGCCGGCCAGUCAAACCGACGCGGCUCUUCCGCCGAACAAGAAACGAUCCUGUUCGGCUUCUCCGACCAAAGUAGAUAGCAAGACGCUGCCGAAUCGAGUCCAUCGCCGCCUCGUCCUCCAAGAUUAUGGUGAGCCCAUCUUCUGCGCUAGCUCUCGCACGGCGCUGCUAGCCGCGCUGGGAGAAUGCAUUGAAGGACACAAGUCGCUGCACGGAGUCGGCAUUCUCCACCGCGACAUUUCAAUCAACAACCUUAUAAUCAAUGAGGACGAGAGCAACCCUUCCCGGCGUGGGUUCUUGAUCGAUCUAGAUCUUGCCAUCAAAGAGCACCGAGAAGUUGUUUCGGGCGCGAAGGGAAAAACCGGCACGAGGGCUUUUAUGGCGAUUGGGGCUCUUCUAGGCGAGCAACAUUCCUUUAUGCACGACCUGGAGUCCUUCUUCUGGGUGUUGUUCUGGAUGUGCAUCCACUACAGUGGACCAGGUGAGGAUAUUGGCCAGACUGAGUUCGAGAGUUGGAAUUUCCUUGAUACGAGACCGUUAGCGAUUCAGAAACUUGGCUAUGUGGCGCAAGAAUCCAUUUUCAUUGGGGUGAUCACCGAAUCCUUUACGCCUUAUUAUAAGCCUUUAAUACCUUGGAUAAAUAAGUUGCGGAGGGUUGUGUUUCCGAAUGGGAGUAAUUGGCAGAAGGAAGACGAGAGUGUGUAUUCCCAAAUACAAGACGUCCUUGGCGCGGCUCGGGAAGACCCAAAUGUAUUCAAUAGUAUGUCGGGCAGCUAAUGCUUCCGAAUGCUCAGUAAUCUAACUGUUUUAUUAUCA